AAAAGAGGGGGAAAUUCUAUGAAUGAGAAAAAUGUGGUUCAUUGACAACUUGACAGUUUGACAAAAUGGCCAAUAAGGGGUUAAUAUCCCUGAAACCCACUUCCACUACGGUCAUGGCACAUGGGGAGCUUAGCCGUGAAAUCUCAUCCCUGUUCCAGUGACGGAUGUGUGCUGGAACCAAUCAUGACCUCGCAUCAUUCUGCAGCUGACCAAUGGCAACGCAUAAAGACGCUGGUAAUGGGCGGGACUAUCAGCUAACGCUCAAACCGCAUACUAACAUACUACACAGUAUGUGAAAACAGUAUGUCAGCAUAGGUAGCGCACUAGUUUGACAUACUUCGUAGAGUGCUAGUAUACGUUUUCAGACGUAGCCUGUUGUCAAGGUUUGUAGCAUCCAUAUAACGGCCUAUGUUUAUUCAGGAAUAUAGAGGAAUGGGAAGAGAGAAGUAUUAGGCAGUGUUGAGUAAAGGAAAAUUAGGAACAAGACGACAGGUUCUGUUCAAAAGCUGUUUUGUAUUUAAUUUUUAUAGCUUUGCUGAGCACUUUUUUCCUUGUUGAGGUGUAACGGAGACAGAAGACAGUCCACUUUUUCUUACUUUCAGCGCUGUGUUGUCAUAUAAUCAACCCUGGGUGCUGUUCUUUAUGAUAAGGAUGAUGAAUGUAAUGGCUGAGGAGUGACCCAAACAACCAUCUCCAUCACCACCAGCUCCUCUAUCCCAGGGCCAUGUCUCUGACAACUGUCAAACCUAAUUUCUUCAGUCCAUCCUUAGAGUAUACUCCAGUCUCUGUCCGUACACUUGUCUCAACUCUUUCCAGCCCUGUCCUCAUCAGUUCAGUGGAGAGCAGGACAGAACAGGAUAAUGCUACGUAUAGAGCCACCUUCUCCACUGUCACUGUACCAGCAAAUGAGACAGGCUUCAACUCCACGCGGCUCCCCAUGGCAUCAGUGGAUGGUGCUGGCAUGGGCAUGGUCCUCAUGCCCUUUGGCAUAAUCAGCAUUGUUGGGUUGGCUGUUGUCGUGAUGCUGUAUAUAAGGAAAAAGAAAAGACUGGAGAAGCUAAGGCACCAGCUGAUGCCCAUGUAUAACUUUGACCCAGCCGAGGAGCAGGACGACCUGGAACAGGAACUUCUGGACCACGGCCGAGACGGCAGCCCAGCAGGACCAAAUUCCAAAACGCUGACAUCAGGUCAGGGUGGCGCUCAAGUGGCGAGUCGACUGGUCUUUACGGACGUUGCUGAUGCCAUAAAUGUAUGACAUCACUCCUGCAGCAUAAAUGAAGAUUUCAGAAAUCUCCAGGGACAUCAUGUAGACAACGGGAAUUUUCCAGCUUCAUAUUUUCACACUAGACUGGAAUCAGACAUUGAUUUAGCAAAUGUCUGUAGACUAUAAGGGAAGUUUCAAAUGAUCUCUAGGAGACUGGUAAGAUUAGGUUGCAUUCGCUGUAUUAAAAAAAAGGAAAUGGCAUUUCUGUGCAUUUUAUAUAAAAGCUUAUUUAAUUUCAUUUCUAAUGAUCCCUUUUAAAUGGAUUGUUUCAGACCGGGUUUAAUCCAUCAUAGUCACGGAUAUAUACAGUAUAUGUCUAGAUGUGCAUUUUUAGAAGUGUUUAUUAAAGAAAUUUCAUAGUAGUUGCUUUUAAUCUUUGUUCAUGAAUAGUAAUAGCAUGCAUUUUUAGAUACCACAUGUACACACAUCACUGCAUCACACAGUUAAAAGGCUCCAGUUACUCGUAUUCAUUUUAUUAUUCUUAACCUUGUUUCUGAUAAAUUCAAAUUAGUUUGUGUUUAUUUGUCUAGCUCUUUUAACAGUAGACAUUGUAGCAAAACAGUGCUACAUAAAUAAAGGUGUAGAUUAAUGAGGUGACAGUGGAAAGGAAAACUCCCUGAGACAACAUGAGGAAGAAACCUUGAGAGGAACCAGAGUCUUCUGCGUGAUGCCGGAUAGUGGGAUUAUAAAUCAUUAUUGUUCUUCAACUGUACAUUAUAAAAUCAAUACUAUGUAUGUUGAAAGGAUGGUAAACAUAAGCAUAUUGUGAAUAAUAUUCAUGGAAUAAGCACAGGACAGUUUUUUUAUGGUUACAACAGCAGUUCCUAGGUACAAGUUUUAGAAGUACAGGUGAUGGAUAGUGGUUUUGUGAUUAACCAUGAAGUCUUCUCACUAAAGCUGGGAAAUUGUAAGGCUCCUUUUCUUUACAGUUAGGGGACAUUCUUUCUUCAAGUGCAUAAAAACAUAGUAGAAGUGGUUGGGAAUUUGAUGCACAUUUUCUCUACCACUGCCAUAGCUCAAACUACAGCUUCUUGAACCUUUACUUCUUAUUUCUCUCCUGUUAGCAUCAUCUCUCCUGUUAGCAUCAGGUGUUCUACAAUGUAAAAACAUUUUUUAAAAAAGUUAUUUUGCCACAGCCUUACCCAAAGCCUAAAUACACAAUUUUUAACUGUAUUUAUAGAAAGAGAGAGGUGAUUUAUAUUCUAUGUAGGAUCUCAAAGACAACAGGUAUGACAAAGGGAGACAGGUUAUUUUAACCUGAAAAGAAUCACAACUGAGAUCUGAAGUUUUCUACAGAACUCAGUUUCCUCAAAAGCUUCUGCGAAACUGCGUCAGUGCUACUGAAGCAGGCCUUGAUGAAUUUCAAAGUAACCGUAAUGUCAGUUCAUGGCUCUAUUUAAAACAGGGUGAAUGAAAAAGAAAAAUUAAAGAGCCUCUAAGAGUACUAACAUGAUAGUUUAACAAACAAUGCUGUGUAUGUAGUUAUGUACUACCAUUACAAAGCAACUUUUGUCUUCAAACCAAGUUAUUCAAAAUGAAUAGAAAUUAUGGGGCAUUCUCUUUGUGUUUCUAGUAGAUUUUUGUGCACUUGCCCUGAAAUGUGCUUCCUUCCUUCUCUUACUCCAGAGUGUGGGUGCUGUGUUUGCUUGCUUCCUUGCACAAUAAAGCGUGUAAUGAUUAUUGUUUCAAACAGAUUAACUUUUUUGAAAUUUCUCUCUAGUGAGGCAGAGAGAAAAGUCAUUAUAUGUCAUGUAUGUCUAUAUAAGUACUCUCUCUCUCUCUGUGUGUGUGUGUGUGUGUGUGUGUGUGCUACUAUGGAGUAAUUGUCUGUGGCAGCAUUCCACACUCUCCAAAACCAGCAGCAUUAAAG